UUUUGAUACAGCCCAAGGUAAGCCGAAGAGGAUGACAGUGAAAGCACCCUAUGAUCACUUAGGUGGGCAAUACACCUUCGAGUUUGACGUCGAUGAUGAUUUUGGGGAGAUCGGAGCUGUGCUGGUUGAGAAUGACUACCGCAACAAGAUAUAUAUACAGAAAAUUAAAGUCGACAAACCUAAAAAAGUUACCUUCACAUGUUCAUUCCAGUUAUGAUAACGACCAAAGGAGGAUCUUCUUCGCUGACAAGUGUUACCUGCCAUCGAAAACGCCAAGUGCCCUCAGGUCGCUGAGAAAGAAAGAUUUGGAGUUCAUUCGAGGCGAUGGCCAAGGAGAGCGUAAAGAUUUCGAGAGGAUUUACGAUUAUGAUGUAUACAACGACCUUGGAGAUCCCGACAAUAAGAGCUCAGAUCUUGCACGGCCGGUGCUCGGUGGCAAGAAAUUUCCUUACCCUAGGCGCUGCCGUACUGGUCGGAAAAUGUCCUCUAAAGAUCCGCUGACGGAGACAAGAUCUUCAGACCCGUUUUUAUGCACCGCUUUUACAGGAAAAGACGAAGACUUUCGUUUAUUCCAGGAUAUAGAGUCGCUUUUUGACGAAGGAGUUGUUAUUAAUGGUACUGAUAAACAUGUUGCAAGUGUUUUGCCUAGAAUUAUCCAUGAGGUUGUUGACACCGUGGAUGACCUUAUCAAGUUUGAUCCACCUGAAACUAUCCAGAGGGACACGUUCUUUUGGCUCCGUGAUGAUGAAUUCAGUCGACAAAUGCUUGCUGGUGUCAAUCCUUGCAGCAUACAGUUGGUUACGGAAUGGCCAUUGAUGAGUAAAUUGGACCCUAAAGUUUACGGGCCACCUGAAUCAGCAAUCACCAAGGAGAUUGUUGAGCGAGUGAUUGGAGGUUUCAUGACUUUCGAGGAGGACUUAAUGUUCCUUACUCCUGCUGGAACGUUGACCCCAGUUGCCAUAGAGUUGACUCGACCGUCUUCAGAAUGGCAACCACAGUGGAAGCAUGUGUACACACCUUCUUUGGGUGCCACUGGUUCUUGGCUAUGGAAGAUAGCUAAAGCUCAUGUCCUUUCUCAUGAUUCCGGUAUUCACCAGCUUGUUAGCCAUUGGCUAAGAACUCACUGUGCAACUGAGCCUUACAUCAUUGCCUCCCACCGUAAUCUUAGCACAAUGCAUCCUAUUGCACGACUACUCCACCCUCAUUUUCGUUACACCCUGAAGAGAUCAACGCCCUAG